GUCAAGAAAGUGCCGGAAGCUUUCAGUCUGUUCAAAAUGGCUUACCAGACGCUACAACAGGAGUACUUGCAGAUUCCUGUUGUUACCAGGGCAUAUACAACCGCCUGUGUCCUCACAACUGCAGCAGUGCAACUAGAGAUCAUCACACCAUUUCAGCUAUACUUCAAUCCAGAUUUGAUUCUAAGGAAUUACCAGGUAUGGCGACUAAUAACCAACUUCCUGUUUUUUGGACCAGUUGGCUUCAAUUUCCUGUUCAAUAUGAUUUUUCUCUACAGAUAUUGUCGUAUGCUUGAGGAGGGCUCUUUCAGGGGACGCACGGCUGACUUUGUCUUCAUGUUCCUCUUCGGUGGGCUUCUGAUGACUAUAUUUGGCACUUUUGUGAGUCUGGUGUUCCUGGGCCAAGCCUUCACGAUCAUGCUGGUGUACGUGUGGAGUCGGCGAAACCCCAACGUCCGCAUGAAUUUCUUUGGCCUGCUGAACUUCCAGGCACCCUUCCUCCCCUGGGUGCUGAUGGGAUUCUCACUUCUGCUGGGCAACUCUAUCAUCGUAGAUCUUUUAGGUAUCGCUGUUGGCCAUGUGUACUUCUUUCUGGAGGAUGUUUUCCCCAACCAGCCAGGUGGUGGAAGGUGGCUGAAGACCCCAUCUAUCAUAAAGAUGCUGUUUGACACUCCAGAGGAAGAUGCCAACUACAACCCCCUGCCUGAGGAGCGCCCGGGAGGGUUCGCCUGGGGAGAGGGACAGCGCCUUGGAGGUUAAAUAUGCCCCAGAUCAGGUCACUUCCAAGGACAUUCCCUUAAAAAAGAUGAAGGGGACAAACAUGGUCUUUGUUUCUGACGUGUUUGUUUAGUUCUGGAUGAAGAAUGCCAAACAACCAGAACUGGUUUGGGGAUAACCUUCUGUUGUCUUUGUAUAUGGGCUUAAAUCAUCCUCAGAAACUCUUCUUGAUGCCAGAUCGUCGCUCUAAGACUAUUUGAGAGAACACACGCUUCGGAUGGAACUUUGGACGGUGGGCCUUCGGGCUCGGGUGAUGUUUGUCUUAAUCUCCAAAAAAAAGAAAAUUGAUAUACAACAACUGUCAUAUGCGAGAGCAAAGAACGGCAGCAGUAAAAUAUUAUCAAAAUGAAUUUAUUCAGACGGAAAGUGCAUUUUUUUCAUUUCACUUUUUUAAAAAAUAAAUGUGUGUGGCAAAAGAUGCUUUGGUUUCAUCUCUUUGAACUGUGUUAGCAAUGCAUGAAACCAAAGACGUCUCAACAAAUUAGAGGAAUUCCUACAAAUAACAUUUUAGUCAGCAGACAGGACCUUGUUACUUCACUCUCCUUACACAGCAGCUCAUUGUAGCACACAAAUAUCAAGAUCUGUACUUAACUAAUGUCCUUAACGUCAUAGUCCAGCUGUUCCUCCACCUUCUUUUGGGUUCAGUUCAGGUUCUCCUUUUUUAUUUCAUUUAAUACAAGCAACCUUAAACCAGAUAUCUGCUUCAGAAAGAACAAGUCCUGUCUAUUAUUUUAUGUGACUGAUUUUGCACACAUUUAUACUUUUUUUCAUGUAAUUGGGCUCACUAGCCCAGCAGCACUUUGGGGAACAGAUUAACCCCCCCCCCUGUUGCUCUUCAGAAGGAAUAAGAGAAGUUGUGGCAAAUUAAUAGUAGAAUUGAAAAGAUUGAUUUUAUACUUUCAUUGAAUGG